CGGGCAGCCCAGCGCUCCCCAAGCCCCUCUCCCUGGGUGUUGCCCAAGGCUCCCCGCGGCACUGGGGUGCCCACCCAACCAGGGGGUCCCCAAGGCCGCGGUGCGGUGGCGUUACCCGCCAUGUCCCCCUGGGAUCUCCCUCACACACGCGACGGGGUUUGUCCGGCCGCGGCCGCCGUAGCGGCGCGGAAGUGUUUCCACGGAGACGGGAGGAGUCGGGCCCAGGGAUGGAGAAAUACGAGCGGAUCCGGGUGCAUCGUGCACCUGUGCCUGCGCAAGGCCGACCAGAAGCUGGUGAUCCUGAAGCAGAUCCCGGUGGAGCAGAUGAGCAAGGACGAGCGGCUGGCGGCACAGAACGAGUGCCAGGUGCUCAAGCUGCUCAGCCACCCCAACGUCAUCGAGUACUAUGAGAACUUCCUGGAGGACAAGGCACUCAUGAUCGCCAUGGAAUAUGCCCCAGGGGGCACACUGGCAGAGUUCAUCCACAAACGCUGCAAUUCCUUGCUGGACGAGGACACCAUCCUGCACUUUUUCGUGCAGAUCCUCCUGGCUCUGCACCAUGUGCACACCAAGCAAAUCCUGCACCGGGACCUGAAGACCCAGAACAUCCUCCUGGACAAACACCGCAUGAUUGUCAAGAUUGGAGACUUUGGCAUCUCCAAAAUCCUGAGCAGCAAGAGCAAAGCCUACACAGUGGUGGGAACUCCAUGCUACAUCUCCCCAGAGCUCUGUGAAGGGAAGCCUUACAACCAGAAGAGUGACAUCUGGGCUCUGGGCUGUGUGCUGUACGAGCUCGCCAGCCUCAAGAGGGCUUUCGAAGCUGCGAACCUUCCUGCCUUAGUGCUGAAGAUCAUGAGUGGGACAUUUGCCCCAAUAUCAGACAGAUACAGCCCUGACCUGCGCCAGCUCAUCCUCAGCAUGCUGAACCUGGAUCCUUCCAAGCGGCCCCAGCUGAAUGAGAUCAUGGCCCAGGCCAUCUGCAUCCGGCCCCUCCUGAACCUCUACACUGACGUGGGCAGUGUCAAAAUGAGAAGGCCUGAAAAGCCCUUGGCUCCAGUGCCAGCAGUGACCCACAGCCGGACAGGGGGACGGGCAAGCAGUGCCAGGCCGAGAGGUGUCCGAGGUGGUUCAGCCAGGACAGGAAUCCCACCUCCACUGUCAUCCAUCUACACGUGGGGCAGCGGGAUCACCACCCCGCUCCGCCUGCCCAUGCUGAACACCGAGGUGGUGCAGGUCUCUGCUGGCAGGACACAGAAGGCCGGGGUCACCAAAUCAGGGCGGCUCAUCCUGUGGGAGGCUCCUCCAAUGGGGGCUGCUGGAGGCCCUUCUCUCCCAGGAUCCACCGAGCAGCUCCAGCCUCAGUUUGUGUCCCGCUUUCUGGAAGGCCAGUCUGGAGUGACCAUCAAACACGUGUCCUGCGGUGAUCUCUUCACAGCCUGCCUCACAGACAGGGGGAUAAUCAUGACUUUCGGCAGCGGCAGCAAUGGCUGUUUGGGGCACGGGAACUUCACAGAUGUGAGCCAGCCCAAGAUUGUGGAGGCCCUGCUGGGCUACGAGAUGGUGCAGGUGGCCUGUGGUGCGUCUCACGUCCUGGCAGUUUCCAACGAACGGGAAGUGUUUGCCUGGGGCAGAGGGGAUAAUGGUCGGCUUGGGCUGGGUACGCUGGAGUGCCACAACUCCCCCCAGCAGGUCACAGUCCCACCAGAGCAUGAGGCUCAGAGGGUCAUCUGUGGCAUCGAUUCCUCCAUGGUCCUCACCGUGAAGAACCAGAUUCUUGCUUGUGGGAGCAACAGGUGUAACAAGCUGGGCCUAGACCGGAUCAGCUCGGCAGAGGAGCCUUCCCCAGAGGACCAGGUGGAGGAGGCCACAGUGUUCGUGUGUGCCCAGUCAGCCCCCUUGAACCAAGAGCCCAUUGUGUGUGCUGACAUCGGUACAGCACAUUCGGCUGCAGUCACAGCCUCUGGCCACUGUUACACCUUUGGAAGCAACCAGCACGGGCAACUGGGCACCAAAUCCUGCCGCAACAGCCGCGUGCCCCACCUGGUUGUGGGGCUCCAGGCGAUGAAGGUCACCGUGGUGGCUUGUGGGGAUGCCUUCACUGUGGCCAUCGGAGCAGAUGGCGAGGUGUGCACGUGGGGGAAAGGAGCCAGAGGACGCCUGGGCAGGAAGGACGAGGAAACGGGAGUGCCGAGGCCGGUGCAGCUGGAGGAGACACAUCCAUACCUGGUGACCUCCGUAGCCUGCUGCCACGGGAACACACUGCUGGCAGUAAAGCCUGCCGUGGAGGAGUCGCCUCCCCAGUGAGUGUGAGUUGAGAGGGGCCACAUCCAGCCUCAUCGUACACAUGCUGGGGCUCCCACAGCCACUGGCAUGGCCUGGCCUCUUCCUGCUGCCUGCCUCGGACACGCUCCAGGCUCCAGAGCUCCCCAGCUGCACUCCAAAGGCAGCAAUCUGGAAACAGGGAGCUCCUAACGAUGGUUCCCACGGAACCAGAGCUGAUCUCACUUAUCGAAUCAACGAGGGUCACUGUGAACCUCCAGUGCCUGAGAGCUGCUGCCCUGCAUGUGCCAUGGGGUGGAUGUCCCCAGAGCUCCAGUGCUGCCUUCAGGGGGUCACAGCACAACUCUUCCCCUCCCUGCUGGAAGUGCCUGUGUAGAAGGGUGAGGAGCACAGAGGUUGUUUUCCUCCGUGGAAGCAGUCUCUGGUUACAAAGCCCAGGCUGACAGCUCCGUGUCUGGGAGAGCUGUCAGCCUUUGCACAGCAGUGUCUGGAGUCAGGGCCCCAGGCGCUGUGCUGGGUGACUAAAUGCAAACCUCUUUGCUAAUUAGAGAAGUCUGUCCUUUCCCAUCCCCCCUUAAAACGUUUCACCCAUUUGUUGAGCUGCUCAGCACACUCUCGGGGGUCCUGCCUGCUCGGCUGGCCGAGCCCGGUGGGAGCAGCCUCUCUGUGUGGCACAGCCCUGCUCACUCUCCCGAAAUGCCACUUGGAGCUUUCCACUUACAGCCUCUCCUGCCCCAGGAGCUCGCUGGAGGAUUCUUCAGCUGACAUUUGUCCUCAGGCCCCUCAGUCCUGGUGCUGACCAGCUCACUGACUCCCAGAUGAGGAGCAAAACACAGCGAGUGAUUGUCAGUACUUGAAGUUUUUUAACCUAGAUCUUUCCAGGGAGAUGAUGAGUUUUCACCAGGGGUCCUUUCUGCGGGCAGGAGGGGCACAUCCGUGUGUCAUGGACAGGAGUCACGUUUUUUAUCUCCAGAAGGGUCGUUUCCUUUCCAUUUUUUUUCCCUCCUCCUUUCUUUUUUCAACUUAACGUCUGCCCUGGGCCAUUUUUUGAUGAGCUUCUGUCUCUGAUCUGUCUGACAUUGCAAAUGCUCUUGCCUUUCACAUCCAUCUUUGUGCUGUUGCCAAUCUGUUGUGUAUAAAGUCGGUGCUUUCAUAA